AUGGAGAAUCUCGAUAAUAUUUUGGAUGGCACGCUGGACCUUCCGUACCCAGCUGCCACCAAGCAGGUGGCUGGAAUAGUCAAUGGAGUCAAAACAGAUGUCAUGGUCAUCAAAUUCUCCGACAAGAUAAUGGUGACCAUCUCGCAAGAAGGACGACUUGCUCACUGGUUGCAUGUACCAAUGGCGAAUCAAAACCCAGGCACCGAAGGUGCGCACACUUUCUCCGAAGGUGGAGAGGACAGUCUUCUACCCCUCAGCGGCCUGACAGCGACCUCUCUUUUGGGUGGUUACGCUUCUGGUCAAGAUACAGUUGGCCAAUUACUUGCUAGACAAAUUGCCAAUUCCAUUGCUAUCAAAUCUCCCAAUGAGAAAAGACUGCUUGUGGUGGGUCUAGGACUUCGACCCAGUGAUGCCGAUCGAGAUGCUUUCUUUGCUAUCAAUGAUCUUGUCUUGCAAUGCAUAUGA